AGUGGCCGUAUUUCCGAUAGCACCUCAAGGUGACAUACGGGCAAAAGUCCCGAGCUUCCUCUUCCUCCUCCUCAUUUUGUAGCCUGCUCUCGCUUUGCAGGCUGUAUUUCACAUGCGCCGUCUCACUGGGAGACUUGGGUGUUUUUUUUUUGGAUUUUCCACAGCUCUACCGAAUAGUAGUGACAUAUCUGUGGCUUGUAUUUGUAAAGCUCACACAGACUUCCUCUCCUCAUUUCCAGAAGCUCACCAGCGGUGUCCAUAAACCCUGACAGCGACUUUAUAAAGAUGCGUUCGGCGGCUUUCGUGUUGCUGGCUUUCGUGAGCGCCGCGACUCUUUUCCAAGUGCAGGGGACCGAACAUGUGACUGCUUUGUAUGGAGAGACCAUUGUCAUACCAUGCAAUAAAGGAGCUCCAGCACCAAAGGAUCUGAUGUUCAUCAAGUGGAAAUAUGUAAAAGAAGAUGGCUCUCCUGGUGAUCUCUUAGUCAAGCAGGCUCGCAAUGACCCGGCCACAGUACAAGCCACAGAUGAUUAUGCCCAGCGGGUCAGCAUUGAUGACAAGUUCAGCCUGCUCAUCAGCCAGGCCUCACUUAAAGACGAGAAGACCUUCACCUGCAUGGUGGUGUCAGAUAACAACCUCAUGGAGUACCCUGUACUUGUUGUUGUUUACAAGAAACCAUCAUCAGUUAGGAUUAUGGACAAGUCUGAAGCACUGCAGAAGGACAAGCCAACAACAGUGGGAACAUGUGUUGCAGCAGAUGCAAACCCUGCAGCUACAAUCACAUGGUUAAAGAAUGGAGAGCUUUUGGUAGCCGACGGGAAAGCCAUUGUGAUCACCUCCAGUGUGAAGCUGCAUCCAGCCACAGACCUAUCCACCACCUCUUCCACCCUCCAGUAUGCUGCUGCCAAAGAGGACGUUAACACAGUCUUUGCCUGCAUGUCCAGGCAUGAGCUGAUCAAUCAGCAGACUAACCUGGACCCCUUUCCCAUUCACUAUCCAUCUGAGAACAUCAGCCUCCAAAUCUUGUCCAAGAGCCCUAUCAUAGAAGGAGAUAACGUGACGCUGAAGUGUCACGCUGAUGGCAGUCCACCACCCAGCUCCUUCUUCUUCCACAUCAAGGGUCAGAAAAUGCAGGUGGAAAAUUCAGACAACUACACAUUGACUGCCAUCAGCAGAGACGCUGCAGGUGAAUACAAAUGUUCCCUGACUGACAACGAGAAGCUGGAGGCCUCCCAAAGCAUCACUGUUAGCUACCUGGACCUGAAUUUGAGUCCCACUGGGAAGGUUGUGAAGAUAGUAGGGGACACCUUGUCUGUGAAGGUGGACAAGAGCACCUCAAGUGAUCCCAGAAUAUCUUGGACAAAGAAUGGAAAGCCUGUGAAUGAGCCAGAGUUUAGCAAGCUGACCUAUGCUGAUGCAGGAGUCUACUUCUGUGAGGUUUCCGUGACAGGCCUCAUACGACGUCAGCGCUUCGAACUGGUCGUAGAAGGGAAGCCUAUGAUCACCAGCCUAACCAAACAGCGUUCUAGUGAUGCCAAGCACAAAGUUCUAACUUGUGAAGCUGAAGGAGUGCCAGAGCCCAGUUUCCAGUGGAGCAUCAAUAGCACAAGUGAGGAGAGUUCCUACAGUGAUGGCAAGGCCACCCAUACAAUCACUGUAAUCCCUGAGGUGAACCUGACUGUCAGCUGCAGUGUCAGUAACAAGCUGGGAGAGGAUGUCAGGACCAUCAAUGUUUCCUCUGUUUUUAAGGAGGAAAUUUUGGAAAAAGGUGCUCGGGAUGAUUCAGAGGACCAGGCGAAACUCAUAGUGGGUGUCGUGGCAGGGCUUCUCAUAGCUGCUGCCAUAUUGGGACUCAUCUACUGGCUCUACAUGAAGAAUUCAAGGCAAGGAAGCUGGAAAACUGGUGAGAAGGAGACGGGAACAUCUGAAGAGAGCAAGAAACUAGAAGAGAACAAUCACACUGUUUAAAAGGCGACGGGCCGUACCACGUGGGAUGAAAUAGGAGCAGUUGAAAGCAGUUUUGCCACAUCAGAAAGCCACAUCCCAGCUGCUGUUGACACAUCCAUCAGGCAUCAUCGACUCCUGCCCACUGCCCGCUGCCCCACCUCGCUGUUCACAGCCUGCACUGAGGCUGCCUCGUGUUACCGUCACUUCUGUUUUUGUGCUUCUGGUGAAUGCUCCCUGUUUGGUUUUGUUAAAGUGAUUCCAGUGUGGCGGGGGGCUUGCCACUUACUUUUUUUCCUUUACUGUGGUUUUGAAUUCCAUCAAAGAAUGUAAAUUCCUUGUACAGGUUUUGAGGCCUGUAUAGUGAAUCAUACGUAUGUGUGUGCCCUGGAUGAGCAUGCCAAUGUUUCGUUUUAUUUGUUAUUUUUACUUUUGUGUGCACUAUGUGUGCAGAAGCCAUUUGGCUGUGCUCAGUAAAAAAGAUACUUCACUGCUGUAUGACCUUACUGAAACUGUCCUCAAACAAUGAUAAGCUCAGCAUCUCUCAAUUCCUUUAUGUUGCAAAUAAUUUUAUAUGAAAAAUCAUCUAAAAAAUUCAACAAUGUUAAAAAAUGCAAACUGUUCUGCUAUGAUGCAUUUUUUUCCAUUUGUAAUUUAGUUUAAUACACUACAUUCUUCUGUCUUGUCUACAGUUUCUGCACCAUCCUCUCAAGGUUGAGACCAUUGUUUCUCGGUAGAUUUAGUGUUUUAAUGUUUCCUAUUUUGUGCUUUUGUUUUAUUUUACAUUGUUAUUUUAACUUUAUUGAUCCCAGAUCUGAAAGCUCCUGGGGUGGGGUGGGGGGGUGUAUUUAUUUUCACUGUGCACUGUGCACUCACUCUGUCUAAAUAGCUGUUCAGCAGCAUACAAGAUAUUAAUUUAAGCCUGAAUGGAAGGCAUUGGUUAAGUGUUCUUAAGGUACUGCAUGGUAUGGUAGGAGAGUUAGGCCAAACAGUAGCUGCACUCAUUCUCUGCUGUGCUAUUAUUAUUAUUAUGCUAUUCGUACCUCAGUAGUGUGAAGGAAAAGCCAAACUGAAGACAGUGGUUGAGACUGAUGAGGUGCAUAAAGGUGGUGGCUCUCUGGGCUUCUGUCAUUUUGCUUUGGUUCACCUCACAAUGAAAGUACAAAGUAAUUUUAACAUUUUCAAGAGAAUGGUGAAAUUGUUUGGUGUCCAUAGCAUACAAAAUGUUAACUUGAAGGAACCAUGCACCAUUUGCCAUUAUCUCACUGUUUUGAAACAAUGUGUAGAUGUUAGCCAUAUAGCACACUUUUCUGCCCAAAUAAUACUGGUUUAUGUAGUGAAAUGGUUGCCAAACCAGAUGACAUGAAAGCAGAGGGCCAUCAUUUUUACACAUUUAGUUCAUUGUUUGUUCUCAUGCCUUCUGCUCAUUUUCAAAUAAUCAGGGCAGCGGUGAAAGCAAAGACGGUUAGAUGAGGCCAUAGCAGUGUUGUAAAUACAGACUUUUGUUUUUGUACUGCUGUUGACAGUAAAGUGUACAUUUUCACAAAUGUAUGGUAUGUCCAAGU